GCUUCCUCCUCCCCUCCACCGCCCCACGCCCCCCCAGAUCCCCCAACCCCAUUAUUAACCCACCGACCCCCGCGCGCGCCACUGGAUCUCGCCUCGAUCGCGGCGGUGGCGGUGGGGAGGGGAGCGCACCGCCUGCCCAGCCAUGAGAUGGUAUGCUUCGCUAGCCUGAGGAGGGCUCUGCCUCUGCUGCUGCGCGCCACCACCACCACCACCCCCCGCUUCCUUCUCCCCAGGGCCCUCUCCGGCGGCGUUGGCGGCGGGGCGGCGGUGGAUGCGCGCGCGCUUCUCCGUGGGCACAGCGGGUGGCGCGGGCUCCGGGUGGCCGCCAGGAUGAUGCUCGACUCCUCCGACUCCGCCGCCGCUGCGGGGCAGAUGCAGCCGCAGCAGCGUGCGGCGGGGGCCGUCGCCUGCAGCGCGCAGGACGGUGGUGCCGCAGGGUACGCCAGCGGCGGGUGGGCGAGAGAAGAUGGUAAACUGAAAUGUGGAUAUUCAAGUUUUAGAGGGAAGAGAGCCACCAUGGAGGAUUUCUAUGAUGUAAAGUUAACUGAAAUCGAUGGACAGGCUGUUAGCCUAUUUGGUGUAUUUGAUGGUCAUGGAGGACCACGUGCUGCUGAGUAUUUGAAGGAAAAUUUGUUCGAAAAUCUUCUGAAACACCCUGAGUUCCUGACAGAUACAAAGCUUGCCAUAAGUGAAACAUAUCAGAAAACAGAUACAGAUUUCUUAGAAUCAGAAUCCAAUGCCUUCAGGGAUGAUGGUUCAACAGCUUCCACUGCAGUUUUGGUGGGUGGCCAUCUAUAUGUAGCAAAUGUUGGUGAUUCCCGUGCUGUUGUUUCAAAAGCUGGUAAAGCUAUGGCACUGUCAGAAGAUCACAAACCUAACAGGAGUGAUGAGCGGAAGAGAAUUGAAAAUGCAGGAGGAGUUGUCAUUUGGGCUGGUACUUGGAGGGUAGGAGGUGUACUGGCAAUGUCGCGUGCAUUUGGCAAUCGUCUACUGAAGCCAUUUGUGGUGGCAGAGCCUGAAAUUCAGGAAGAACUUGUCAAUGAAGACUUGGAAUGCCUCGUUCUUGCUAGCGAUGGACUUUGGGAUGUCGUGGAAAAUGAGGAAGCUGUUUCCCUUGCGAAAACAGAAGACCUGCCUGAGUCGGUGGCUAGGAAACUCACGGAAAUAGCCUAUUCUCGAGGCAGCGCUGACAACAUUACAUGCAUCGUGGUGCAAUUUCACCAUGAUAAAACUGAAUAAUAAGAUGGGACUAGAGCUGAUGAAAGGUUGAAGGUUUUUCUACUUCAAGCUACUUUCCAGCAGUCCAACCACAGAGGGGGUUCCCCAGGAGAUGUUGCUCCUGUAGCAUUUGCUAAGGAUUGUUUCGUUGAUUCUUUUCCUUGUGUAGGAAUCAUUUUUUGUUUUCAGAGGUGUUACGAACAGAAAAUUUUAUUUCGAGUGUAACACACAGUUUUAAUUGGAUGGAUACUAAUAAAUCAAUUGCUUGUUUACCUAAUUACCUGCCA